CUCAAACCUGGCCUCCUCUCCCCGCUUCCCCCGCCUCGAAUCCCUCCCCUCCUCCGCCUCCGCCUCUUGCCGGACUCCGGCCGGAGCCCGCAAUUCGCGGGCCCCACCUCACCUAGGGUUCCCCUGUUCACACCACUCGCAACCCCGUCUCGAGGGAUGGCUCCGUGACGAGGGCGAGGGGCCUGGAGGAAUUGCGACGGCUCGGGAGUGGCGCUGAAGAUGCUGAACUCGUCGGCGUCGAGGCGGGAGGCCGCGAGGAGCGGCGAGCUCCCGCGACCCUCGGCGGCGGCGGCGAUGGCGCGGAGCGGGGAGCUGCCGAAGGGCGCCGCGGCGCCGGUACGACACGAGGGGUGGAUGGUGCGGUACGGGCGGAGGAAGAUCGGGAGGUCGUUCUUCCAUACGCGCUACUUCAUCCUCGACAACAAGCUGCUCGCCUACUACAAGAAGGAGCCCAAGGACAACAUGAUGCCACUCAAGUCAAUUCUUAUUGAUGGAAAUUGCAGAGUUGAGGAUAGAGGGCUUAAAACACAUCAUGGGCAAAUGAUCUAUGUGCUAUGCAUUUACAACAAGAAACAAAAGGAGACUCAAAUCACGAUGGGUGCAAAUGAUAUUGAGGAUGCCCUGGCCUGGAAAAGGAAGAUAGAGCUUCUCAUUGAUCAGCAACAAGAUACUACGACAGCUAAAAACCGUAAAGCUUUCGCUUCAUUGGACUUUGACAUGGAUCUUGGAGGACCAUUUUCGUUCUCUGAUCAUGACAGUGGACCUGAAGAUGAAGAACAGCCCCGGCCCACCUUGCUUCGCAGGACAACUAUAGGGAAUGGCCCUCCUGAUUCAGUACAUGACUGGACCAAAGAGCCUGAUAUUGGGCUGUCAAAUCAGAAUGACACCAAUCAGGCUUACUCCAGAAAGAACUGGCGGCUACUUAGAUGCCAGAAUGGAUUACGCAUCUUUGAAGAACUUGUGGAGGUUGAAUACCUUGCAAGAAGCUGUAGCCGAGCAAUGAGGGCUGUCGGAGUUGUGGAAGCCACAUGCGAAGCCAUUUUUGGGCUUGUAAUGAGUAUGGAUGUAACACGAUAUGAGUGGGAUUGUAGCUUCCAAUAUGGGAGUUUAGUUGAAGAGGUUGAUGGUCAUACUGCAAUACUAUAUCAUCGACUGCAGCUGAACUGGUGUUCAAUGUUGGUCUGGCCCCGAGAUCUUUGUUAUGUACGAUACUGGCGGCGCAACGAUGAUGGAAGCUAUGUUGUGCUGUUUCGAUCUACUGAACAUCAGAACUGUGGCCCCCAACCAGGAUUUGUGAGGGCUUUUAUCGAAAGUGGAGGUUUCAAGAUUUCUCCUCUCAAAUGUCUCAACGGGAGACCGCGCACUCAAGUUCAACACCUUAUGCAAAUUGAUCUUAAGGGAUGGGGCGUGAACUACUUUCCAUCAUUCCAGUACCACUCUUUGUUGCAGAUGCAGAACUGUGUUGCUGGAUUGCGUGAAUACUUUUCCCAAACGGAUGAAAUUCAUAUAGUUCCAAGGAUUCCGGUGAUGGAUAAUAUGGUCAAUGCGGUCUCAGUGAAAAAGGAUAAGAAGCUUCAAGAUGUUGACUCGAAGACCAAACAAGCAGAUUCAGGACAAGCUGAUAACAAGGGUUUAGAUAUGAUAGAUGAAGAGUCAGAUGAAGAUGAUGAUUAUCAACUUCCUGAAGCUAGCUUGGAGGAAGAACCUACCAAAUCUGACAGCGAUGCUAAGUGCUCAGAUCCAAUAGAUUUGUCUGGGUUUUCGGGCAUUAUUCGUCAGGAUGCAAAUGAGAAAAGUCGUAACUGUUGGACAGUACCUGAUAGCAAGAUCUUUAAAGUUCGUAGCAAGAACUUUCCACAUGACAAAUCCAAGGUACCAGCAGGGAAGUACCUUAUGGAGCUUGUAGCGAUUGACUGGCUUAAGGAUACCAAGCGUAUGGAUCAUGUUGCCAGGCGGAAAGGAUGCGCAGCUCAGGUUGCUGCCGAGAAGGGGAUGUUCACUUUUCUUGUAAACAUACAAAUUCCUGGAUCAAGCCAUUACAGCUUGGUCCUCUAUUUUGUCACAAGCUCCUUGAAGAAAGGAUCACUAUUGCAGCGUUUUGCUGAUGGUGAUGAUGAUUUUCGAAACAGCAGAUUGAAGCUUAUCCCAUCUGUUCCAAAGGGGUCUUGGAUAGUGCGGCAAAGCGUUGGAAGCACCCCUUGCUUACUGGGGAAGGCUGUCGAUUGCAGCUAUUUGCGUGGUCCUGAGUACUUGGAAGUAGAUGUAGAUAUUGGUUCAUCAGCAGUUGCAAAUGGAGUUCUAGGCUUGGUGUUUGGUGUUGUUACCACAUUGGUAGUUGACAUGGCUUUUCUUAUACAGGCAAACACCUACGAUGAGCUCCCGGAGCAACUUCUAGGAGCUGCGCGGCUAUCACACAUCGAAGCCUCCACAGCUGUAGUUCCUGAACUUGAUAAUACUUCCUGAGCGGAAUGAAUCAAGUGGUGCGGAUUCUUUUAUUCUUUCCUCAUACUCUCUCCAUUUGUCCGGUCACUGCAACAUUUUGCAGUUUGGUAGCAUCACCAGUGAAGUUCAGAUAGAUACUGCAGCAGUCUUCAAGCGCAUAUACCUUGCCCUCAUACAGUUUUGCCAUUUUCUUUUCUCUUUUUUACAGCCUUGUUGGCCCAUCUUUUAGAUCAAGGUCAAUUAGUUGUUGCCAUCCAGUAGAUAUUAAUAUAUCAGGUAAGGGAAUGAGGAUAUGAAAGUGACUAUAAAACAUGGUUUGGAAGACAA